CACAUAGGUGGUAGCAGUUAGCAGUUAGUGUCAGUAGCACUCAGUAGUGUGAUAGUGUACUAUUUGAGAGUGUAAUUUAAUAAUAGUUACGAAAUUUAAAAUAAAGUGAAAAAUACGGCAUUUAUAAGAAUUGUUGUCCCAGAAUUAAUUGUUAACCGCUUUAAUAAUGGGAAGAAAAAAACAAAAGCAAACUGGAGGAGGUGAUAGAGAACAAGGUGAAUCAUCUCAACAACAAGGGGGUCAACAACGGCAGGAAGAAGGACCUCGACAACAACAAAGAGGUCCUCCGCAGCAACAGCAUAGGGGACCACAGCAACAACAACAGCAAAGAGAACCACAGCAACAACAACAGCAAAGAGGAUCUCAACAACAACAUAGGGGUCCGCAACAACAGCAACAACAAAGAGGACCACAGCAACAGCAACAGCGAAGAGAACCACAGCAACAACAACAGCAAAGAGAACCACAGCAGCAAAGAGAAUCACAGCAACAACAACAACAAAGAGGAUCUCAACAACAGCAUAGGGGUCCCCAGCAACAGCAACAACAAAGAAGACCUCAACAACAGCAUAGAGAUCCUCAUCAUCAACAACAACAAGGAGGUCCUCAGCAACAACAACAACAAAGAGGUCCUCAGCAACAGCAACAACAAAGAGGCCCUUGGCAGCAGCAACAACAAAGAGGCCCUUGGCAGCAGCAACAACAAAGAGAACCUUAUCAGCAGCAACAACAAAGAGAACCUUAUCAGCAACAACAAUAUAAGAGUUCACAGCAGCAGCAGCAACAUCAACAGUAUGGGAGUCCCAAGCACCAACAACAACAAAGUGGAUCUUACCAACAGCAGCAACAAAGAGAUUCUCAGCAACAGAUGUAUCCUCAAAAACAACAACCAGGUCCUCCACAAAUGCAACAAGGAGGCCCUAUUCAAAUGCAACAACAAAUCCCUCCACAAAUGCAACAGUGGAGAGCUCCUCCUGGCCUGGCUCCUUUCCAAAUGCAACCAGGUGAUUCUUCACAAAAGCAGCAACACAGUCCUCAAGAAGAAGCAAUAAGAGAAACUUUGCCUCCAUCAUCAGUUCCAAGUACUCCAACACCUUCAGAAAGUAGUAGUUCCGGCGGCAUACCCAAAACAAUGGCAGGAGCUGAAGGAAAAGGUAAAAAGCAGAAACCAGAACAAAAGCAAGAAAAACCUUCAAGUGGAAAACCGCCUUUUGGUAAGAAAGAAGAAAAAGUAUCACAAAGACUGCCCGAUGAAGAACUUGCAUUAGACAUUCCACGUCGUCAGAAGAGUGAAAAAAAAUUGGGCAGAACAAUUCAGCUCGAAACAAAUCAUUUUGCAUUGAGUAUUAGUAAAAAUCUGAAAGUGGUAUACCAGUAUGAUGUUACAGUCGAACCCGACAGACCAAAAAAAAUGCUACCACUCGUUAUGGAAGAGUUCUGUAGAAAACACUUUCCUAAUCGUUUCCCGGCUUAUGAUGGUAUGAAGAACUUGUUCGCCACUGCUUUACUUCCACUUACUAAUAAUACUCUUACGGAUACCAUUAAUAUUUUUAUGCCAGAUAAUGAAAAUAACAAAGAUUACAAAGUUACUGUCACAUUUAAUGGUAAGAAAGUGGACAUGACACCUCUACAAGAAUAUUUCAUGGCGUCACCAACCCGAGGUCAUCGUUUACCGCCACAAGAUGUGUUAACAGUUGUCGAUGUAGUUUUGAGAAAAGCCCCGGCACGCACUUUCAUUUCCGUCGGUCGUUCUUUUUUUUCGCCGCCUCAGGGGCCAAUCAUCCAACUUGGCGACGGCAUGGAAAUGUAUAAUGGAUUUUACCAGUCGGCAGUUCUUGGUUGGAAGCCGUUUUUGAAUGUGGACGUGGCUCACAAGGCGUUUCCUCAACGCUUAGAUGGAAUAAAUUUGCUCAUGGAUUUGCUAAAGUGUAGCGAAAGAGACCUUCAAGGACCUCUUCGACCUUUCGAUAUUGAAGUAGUAGAUAAGUUUCUGCGUACUUUAAAAGUACAAUAUCUUAUACCAACACAGCCGGCUUCGAGGAGAGUAAUGCGAGUUAAUGCAGUCGAUCAGCCCGCUGAUAAGGCCAUGUUUAAUCAUGACAAUGAACGAAUGACAGUAAAAGACUACUUUACCCGAAUAAAAGGAUAUAGGCUACGGUAUCCUCACUUACCAUGUCUCUGGGUAGGCAGUAAAAGUCGCUCAGAUAAAAUAUUAUUGCCAAUUGAGCUGUGUACAGUUAUGGAGGGCCAAGCAGUAAACCGUAAAAUGACUUCCGAUCAAACAAGUGCGAUGAUAAAACACGCAGCCACUAAUACAGAAGUACGUAAGAAUAAGAUUAUGGCUUCAGUUAGAAAUGCGAAUUACAACCAACAUCAUGUCGUUCGAGAAUUCGAAAUUUCUGUCAGUGCCAAUAUGGAGAGGAUUAGUGGUCGUGUUCUUAUGCCUCCUAAUAUUACAUAUGCAAAUAACAGGACUGAAAAACCAAGCAGAGGUGUUUGGAGAGCUCAGUCGUUUUUCCAACGGUGUGAACUAAGAAGUUGGACUAUUUUAAAUCUUGAUCGUCGUACACGUGAAGAGUCACUGAGAGAGUUCUCGGCGAUGAUGCAAUCCGAAGGACGCAGAUUAGGAAUGGAUAUUGCUCCGCCAGCACCGUUCUUAUCAGGAUUAGACAACAGGAAUCCAUUGAAAUCCAUCAUUGAUCAUAUGUCGAAUUUGAAACAGAAUCAAAUCAAGUUUGUUGUGGUUGUUUUGACCGAUUUUGUUCCCAAUGUCUAUAGUUACGUUAAACAGGCGGCUGAACUACAGGUGGGUCUACUAACCCAGUGUGUCAAAUCUCGCAAUGUGUUUCGUCCGAAAAAUAUGACUGUCAUAAAUAUUUUGCUGAAGGUCAAUUCCAAAUUAAAUGGUAUUAACCACGUCUUAACACAGAAACCUUCAUGCCUCAGGCGACCGUGCAUGAUAAUGGGUGCAGAUGUAACGCAUCCAAGUCCUGACGCCCAGGACACGCCAAGCGUUGCAGCGGUUACUGCUUCUCACGAUCCCACUGCAUUUAAGUACAAUAUUUGUUGGCGUUUACAGCCGCCUCGUGUGGAAAUUAUCGACGAUCUGGAGAAUAUUGUCUCAGAACAGUUGAAAUAUUUCUAUGAACAGAACAAACAGUUGAAACCCGAACACAUCAUUUUCUUCAGGGAUGGCGUGUCUGAAGGAUUCUUCAAAUUUGUUAUGAACCGUGAAGUGGAGGCUAUUAGGAAGGCAUGCACUCGAAUGAACCAGAACUAUAAGCCGGCAAUAACUUUUCUGGUGGUCCAGAAACGUCACCAUACACGUUUAUUUCCUUUAAAUCCUCGUGAUUCAGAAGACAGGAACAUGAACGUACCAGCCGGAACGUGUGUGGACGAAUGGAUAACACAUCCGACCGCCACCGAUUUCUACCUAGUCUCGCAUGCUAGUAUCCAAGGCGUGGCCAAGCCAACUAAGUACCGGGUCUUGUGGGAUGACUUGGAUAUGACCGAAAACGAUUUGGAAGAACUCACGUACCACCUCUGUCAUAUGUUUUCACGAUGUACGAGAUCUGUAAGUUAUCCUGCGCCCACUUACUAUGCCCAUUUGGCCGCAGCUCGCGCUAAAGUCUAUAUCGAAACGAGACGUGUGAACGUAAAUAAUUUACAACGGGAGCAGGAGAACACCCAAAUCAAGGAUCUUAUUGUAAAGGGCACCCCCAUGUUCUUUGUUUAAAAAACAUUCAAAGGUAAAGCAAUUGAUGCAAAGUUUCAUAUUUAAUAUUACAAAAUAACUAAACCGUAAAAAAUUAAGAAAAUGCCUUCAAAUCAGUGUAUUUACUUAAUUAAUAAUUUGCAUAUCUUUUUUAAAAACUGGCUGGCUAUAGUUGAAAACUAAUUUACUGGUAGUGGGUCAAUGUUUUACAAUUAAAUUAUGAAAAAUUGUUACAAAAAAUAACCAAAAAAAGGUGGUAUGUAGGGUAAUAUACCAACAAAUGCCAAUAAAUAUUUGAUACUUUUUGCCUAAUAUAUGUAUUCCUUGUAAUGAUGCCGUUAUAAUUAUUCAAUUCUUUAAGAAAAAAAAAUAAUAAAAGUUGGGAUUUAUACACCUAAA